CACAUGGCUUUGCGCCUGGGCGCAUGAGCUCUCCACAGCUUUAGCGCAUCUAUUAUGCUGCCUUGCUGAGGAUAAAAAGAAGAGCAACUGGAGGGACUAUAAGGCAAACGUUGCUGGAGCUGCCGGGGCAAAGUUGCAUGGUUGGACCCUGGAAAUGGGAUGUCAAUCCCAUUCAGGGAGCAUAAAGGAAGACAGAGAAUCUCCUAGUUGCCACUGCAACAGUAAGUGAGACCCAGAGGUAGGAAAAUGUCAACGGUCACAUCAGCGAUACAGGCUCCCCAGGGCCCUGUCAAUCCACCCCCCCCAGAAGUCACCAACCCCAACAAGCCCGGGCGGAAGACCAACCAGUUGCAGUACAUGCAAAAUGUUGUGGUGAAGACCUUGUGGAAGCAUCAGUUUGCUUGGCCCUUCUACCAACCCGUCGAUGCGAUUAAAUUGAAUUUACCAGAUUAUCACAAAAUAAUCAAAAACCCGAUGGACAUGGGGACAAUUAAGAAGCGACUGGAACAUAACUAUUACUGGAGUGCCAGUGAAUGCAUGCAGGAUUUCAACACAAUGUUUACAAAUUGUUACAUUUACAACAAGCCCACAGAUGACAUCGUCCUCAUGGCGCAAGCCCUGGAGAAGAUUUUUCUGCAGAAAGUAGCCCAGAUGCCCCAGGAGGAAGUUGAGUUAUUACCACCGGUCCCUAAAGGCAAAGGUCGCAAGCCAGCAGCGAGCGCACAGAGUGCAGGAGCGCAGCAAGCAGCGGCCGUGUCAUCUGUCUCCCCACCAGCCCCUUUCCAGAACGUCUCUCCAGCUGUCUCUCAGACACCCGUUAUCGCCGCCACGCCUGUGCCAACCAUCACCGCAAACGUCCCGCCUGUAACUGCUCCUCCUGCUGCUGCUGCCCCUCCUCCUGCUGCUCCGAUUAUGACAGUGGUUCCUCCCACGCCACCUGUAGUCAAGAAAAAGGGAGUGAAGCGAAAAGCAGACACGACCACGCCCACCACCUCAGCCAUCACUGCCAGCCGGAGCGAGUCACCCACCCCGCUGUCAGACCCCAAGCAGGCGAAAGUCGUCGCUCGCCGAGAGAGCGGCGGCCGGCCAAUCAAGCCACCAAAGAAAGACCUUGAAGAUGGGGAGGUCCCCCAGCAUGCGGGGAAAAAGGGCAAACUCUCCGAGCACCUCAAGUACUGUGACAGCAUCCUGAAGGAGAUGCUCUCUAAGAAACACGCAGCCUACGCAUGGCCCUUUUACAAGCCUGUCGAUGCAGAGGCCUUGGAAUUACAUGACUAUCAUGAUAUUAUCAAACACCCCAUGGAUCUCAGUACUGUGAAAAGACAGAAAUAUGGAUGUGUUUGCCCUUUAUUUACCUCGGAGGACACAAGUAACCAUACUCGGCAGUUACCCUGUAAGAGGAUUUGCUUCCAGAAUAAACCAUUGGCCUCCAGGAAGUUAAAGAAAAAAAUGGACAGCCGGGAAUACCAGGACGCACAAAGUUUUGCAGCAGAUGUUCGGUUAAUGUUCUCUAAUUGUUACAAGUACAAUCCCCCAGACCACGAAGUUGUAGCCAUGGCCAGGAAACUCCAGGACGUCUUCGAGAUGAGAUUUGCAAAGAUGCCGGACGAGCCUGUGGAGCCCCCGCCCCCACCUCCUCCGACAGCGCCAGUCGUCAGUAAAAGCACGGAAAGCAGCCACAGCAGCGAGGAGAGCUCGUCUGACUCCGACAGCUCCGACUCUGAAGAAGAGCGAGCGACCAGACUGGCCGAACUCCAGGAGCAGCUGAAGGCUGUCCAUGAGCAGCUAGCUGCUUUGUCGCAAGCGCCCGUGAACAAACCAAAGAAAAAAAAAGAGAAGAAGGAAAAAGAAAAGAAAAAGAAAGACAAGGAGAAAGAGAAAGAAAAAGAGAAGCACAAAGUGAAAGCCGAGGAGGAGAAGAAACCCAAGGUGGCCCAACCAGCAAAACAGACUCAGCAAAAGAAAGCACCAGCUAAAAAAGCAAACAGCACGACCCCAGCUAACAGGCAGCCUAAAAAAGGAGGCAAGCAGGCGUCUGCACCCUACGAUUCUGAGGAGGAGGAGGAGGGCUUGCCCAUGACCUAUGACGAGAAGAGGCAGCUCAGCUUGGACAUCAACCGCCUGCCGGGGGAAAAGCUGGGCCGAGUGGUGCACAUCAUCCAAUCCCGGGAACCUUCUCUCAGGGACUCCAACCCCGACGAGAUAGAAAUAGAUUUUGAAACCCUGAAGCCCACCACUUUACGAGAACUGGAGAGAUACGUCAAGUCUUGUUUACAGAAAAAACAAAGGAAACCAUUUUUCUCAGAAAUUGUGCGUUCCUCCUCCACAGCUGCAAGUGGGAAAAAGCAAGCAGCAAAAUCUAAAGAAGAGUUAGCUCAGGAAAAGAAGAAGGAGUUAGAAAAACGGUUACAGGAUGUCAGCGGGCAGCUAAACAACAACAAGAAACCUGCAAAAAAAGAAAAGUCUGGCUCGGUUCCAUCCGGAGGCCCUUCCCGUCUCAGCAGCAGCAGCUCCUCAGAAUCUGGAAGCAGCAGUUCAAGCGGAUCCAGUUCCGACAGCAGCGAUUCAGAAUAAACUGGACACUUAGCAAAAAAAAAAAAAUGGACAACAUACACACCAAUACUCUGCAGUGUUUCCUUCUAUGGUUAAUAUACUACUCUUGUUCCA